AAGGACAAACCAAUUAUCCAAUCUAAGACUAGUUACUAGUGUAAUCAAAUAUGGCCGAGGAGGAAGUGAAGCUGUAUGGAACUUGGAGGAGCCCAUAUAGUCGCAGGGUGGAAAUAGCUCUGAAACUCAAAGGUGUCCAACACAAGUACUAUGAAGAAGACCUGACCAACAAGAGCCCUGCGCUCCUCAAGUACAACCCGGUUCACAAGAAGAUCCCCGUGCUUGUUCAUGGUGAGAAAGUAAUUGCAGAGUCUCAUGUCAUUCUGGAGUACAUCGACGAGACCUGGAAGGGCUAUAACAUACUACCUAAAGAUCCUUGUGAAAAGGCCAAGGCGCGCUUCUGGGCUAGGUUCAUCGAUGAAAAGUGUAUUCCUGCGCUAAAGAAAGCUUGCGCGAGUAUUGCUGAGGAGCGUGAGAAGGCCGUGGAAGAAGCAUGUGAGCUUCUACAGCUGCUUGAAGAUGAGCUCAAGCAUAAGAAGUACUUUGGAGGAGAUUGUAUUGGACUGGUGGACAUUGUUGCCAACUUCAUAAGCCACUGGCUUAAAGUUGUCCAAGAAGUUGUGGGAGUGGAGCUGUUAACCAUAAAGAAAUUUCCCAGGCUGUGUGAAUGGAGCGAGCACUUUGUGUGCCACCAUGCUGUUAAGGACUGUCUGCCUCCUAAAGAAAAGCUUCUCGCUGUGUUCCAUUCUCACUAUGGAAGCGCUACAACUUCUAAGUGCUAAAUGGUUCAUGCUUAUAGGCAUUUGAUCGUGAAGAAAUAUCAGAUCGAAUGAAUAUGGUUAUUGUACGUAAAUAAAUAUGUGAUUGUAUGGAUAUGGAUUGUACAUAAAUAAAAGUCAAGGUUAUGCUUCUUCUAUGUGAGGGGAAUAGCUCCUCGCAUAUAAUAUACGCAUUGUAAUUCUGAAAAUUCAUAUUUGCUGUUUUUAGUUUCUUU